UGUCAUUUUUACCAUUGUGUUUCAGAUUUCCUCAAAUAUGGAGAUACUACGCUGUCUGAUUAGCAUUGUUUCUCGUGAUGUUCCGAAUAACAAGAUGGCAGCAGCCUGAUUUUGCUGUGUUUAUUUUGAACUGAACAGUGUUGAUCCAGCCUAUCUAACCCCUCGCCUUGCUUCCCCAGUGGUGGAGUUGCAGCGAGAGCUUCGUCAAGGCCUGUCAGUGAUAAUGGCGGAGAACAGCGGUCCAGGCCCAGGCCGGGACAGGGGCGGAUCCUGCUCCUUUACCAACAACCCGGUUGGGAAAAGCCAGGGAGCCCCCGGGACCCCGGGCGGCGCUGGGGAAUAUUGCAGGAAAGUGCAGGAGUGGCUGUGGCAGUAUUACAGCUACGUGCAAUGGCAGAGCUGGGUGAUGUUGAUGGCCCCGCUCCCUUCUUAUUACCCGUUCCCCAGCGGCGGGGCCAGGCAGAGUGAGGGGGAGGCGGCCGCUGCUCCUGCUCCCGCUCCCGCUCCCGGAGCUAAUAACCUCUACAAUCCCUUCCCCUUUUACCCGCCGUACCUCGGCGUACCCACAGUGCCGCAAACCCUGGGUGAACAGCCUCAGCAGCGGGAGGUGGCAACUGCUUCGGCGAGCGGCGUCAGGCUGCCAGCCGUUAAUGCGCAGCAACAGGCAGCGACUGUGCACCCGAGAGGACGUGAGUAUACCAUUCCAUCUCUGAUGCAUCGGUUCCUUGCAGAAAUGGUGGAUUUUCUGAUACUGUUCCUGCUAAAAGCUAUUGUGGUGCUAACGGUGAUGCACAUCUGUGGAAUCAAGGAUCUUUCCAAAUUUGCUCUGAAUUAUAUUAUUGAAGAAAUUGAUGAAGAUACUUCUCUAGAAGAUCUUCAGAAAAUGAUGGCUGUAGCACUGAUGUACAGACUCCUGGUCUGUUUUUAUGAGAUUGUCUGCCUUUGGGGAGUUGGAGGGGCCACACCUGGAAAGUUUCUGCUUGGGUUACGAGUUGUGUCUUGCGACAGCUCAGUGCUUGUUGCUCCUAAUCGGGUAUUGGUGAUUCCAGCACAGAAUGUCAGCAUCUCAUCGAGGCUUGUGUGGGGAGCAGGUGUGUUGACAUGCAUGGCUACUUCUGUGUUCCUUAAUCCUGGGCAAGUCCAACAAAGGAUGGUCUUCAAUACGAGCAUUGAUCAAGAAUUUUUCAAUUGCCUUCUUUUUCCCCGCCUUUGUUACAUUGCUUUUCUUUCAACAUAAUCGUACAGCCUAUGAUAUAGUAGCUGGGACCAUUGUGGUAAAGAGAAGUGCAGGAAGGUAAAGACACUAUAAAUGAUUUUUUUACUCUGCUCCUCCCAUGUGCUAAGUUCUGCAUUUCUCAGAAGGAGAAGAAAACACCCUUUGCUGUCUGCACUCCAAAGUAAUGGAUCUUUUGAGAACUGAGUUGAAAAUGAUACAUGUACAUUAAAGUACCUCUGAGGAUUUACAGGAA